GGCGGCGGCGGUUGGUCAGGGGCGUGGCGGCUUCGCGCAGAUCGAACCGAGAUGUCAUCCUGCAGGGAGAAGUGACCAUCCCGCGCCAGGGCGGAAAAGCAUUUUCAUUUCAACGUAGAUGACCAUGCAACCUGCAAUUCAAGUGUGGUUUGGAGAAGACCUGCCUCUAAGUCCACGGAGUCCUCUGACCCCCAGACAUGGGCCAGGUUUGGCUGAUGUUUGUCAAUAUGAUGAGUGGAUAGCUGUGAGGCAUGAAGCCACCCUGUUGCCCAUGCAAGAAGAUCUGUCAAUAUGGCUGUCUGGUUUAUUAGGUAUUGAAGUUAAGGCAGAACAAUUAUUGGAAGAACUUGAUAAUGGAGUACUAUUAUGCCAACUGAUUGAUGUUCUUCAAAACAUGGUGAAAACAUGCAACUCUGAAGAACCUGAAAAUUUUCCAAUGAGAAAAGUGCCCUGUAAGAAAGACGCUGCCUCAGGUUCAUUCUUUGCUAGAGACAAUACUGCGAACUUCCUUCACUGGUGCAGGCACAUUGGGGUUGAUGAGACUUACCUCUUUGAAUCUGAAGGUUUAGUUUUGCACAAAGACCCAAGACAGGUAUAUCUUUGUCUUCUAGAAAUUGGUCGAAUUGUGUCAAGAUAUGGGGUAGAGCCACCAGUGUUAGUAAAACUUGAGAAAGAAAUUGAGCUGGAAGAGACCUUACUUAAUACUUCUGGGCCUGAAGAUUCCAUUAGCAUUCCAAAAUCAUGCUGUCAGCAUGAAGAGCUGCAUGAAGCUGUUAAACAUAUUGCUGAAGACCCUCCUUGUAGUUGUUCCCAUCGAUUUUCUAUUGAGUACUUAUCUGAAGGACGGUACCGACUUGGGGAUAAAAUACUGUUUAUAAGAAUGCUUCAUGGAAAACACGUCAUGGUCCGUGUUGGUGGAGGCUGGGAUACCCUUCAAGGAUUUUUGCUUAAAUAUGAUCCCUGUCGAAUAUUGCAGUUUGCUACACUAGAACAAAAAAUUCUAGCUUUUCAGAAAGGAGUUUCUAAUGAAAGUGUGCCUGAUCCGUCUGCCAAAACACCUCAGCCUCCUGAAAUGAAUCCUUUGUCAGCAGUUAGCAUGUUUCAGAAACAAAAACCAAAACCUGGCACGCCAAUGGGUAUACCAAGGAGCAAAGAAAAGCAGGCACGUCCACCGGCUGAACUGCCACCAGAAUCUUCCCUGAAGGGAGGGAAUCUGGGCUCCAUGUCAGUCCGUCCUAAAUUGCCAAAUUCUCCAGCAGUGUCUUCUCAUCUUAAGCUCAAAUCUUCAAAAGACAUAGCAAGGAAACCACCGGCACCUUCAAACAAUGCAUCAUCUUCACUUCCUUCUUUAAAUCCAGUAGGUAAAAGUACUUCUUCACCAGCUUCAUCCAGAACUGCAUCUAAAUGUAUCUUAUCACCCAGUACUCCUAAGGCCAAGCUUACUACAGCCCAGAAGCCUAGAGAUGUGCCUAAGUCUGCACUUUUGCCAAAUAAAUCUUCUGGAAAAACUGAACCAAAGCAUUUGAAACACACUCAUGUAUCUUCCAGGGAUAAUGCAGGAUCUCACUCAGCUGCACAUUCAGAUUCAUCAUCAAAGUGUCCAAAGCUCCCUAAAGCAAAUAUCCAUGUAAGGCCUAAACCUUCCCCUUCUAUACAUUCCCCUGCAAAAAUGACCGCAGGUCUAGGAACACGGUCUCAGCCAUCUGAUGGAGCCCCACAAGCAAGGGCAAUGCCAGCACAGAAACUUAAGUCAGCCUUGAAUUUAAACCAGCCACUCUCGGUAUCCUCAGUUGUGCCUGCAAAAGCUGCACAGGAAUCAAAAGAUAAGAACAUGGCUUCAGUUGCCAAAACGCAGCCUCAAAAUAAAAGUACAUCCCAGAAGACAGAACCCAGCUCCUCGAAGUCCUCUGCCCGUACCCCGCUGUCCAUCAUGAGUCUUCCCCAGUCCUCUGUCAAGACACGGACUGUACCAAAGUCAGCACAGAGUACCACUCAGGGCCAGUAUUUAGCUAAAGGGCCUCCAAAAAGUACCAAAGCCCCAGCUUCAACCAGGAAACCACCCUCGUCUGGUAAGGAAGCAGUUAGCGGAGAUCAAAAACUUACUGCAAGGAAGAAGGAAGAUGAUGACCAUUAUUUUGUUAUGACUGGAAGUAAGAAACCUAGAAAGUAAAUACAAAUGUGUCAUUUUAAUAAAACAGUAAAGAGAGUGAAUGUA